AUGGUCUUCCCACGAUUCCUUACAGUCCUUGCCUCGCUUGGAUAUGCGUACGCCCAAACGACUGGGAGCGCCAUCUCCGGCAACACCGUGCAGCUUUUCAUCGACAACAUGGAUCCCAAUGCCGGAUGGGCAGCUUCAGUACAGAACGCAUGCAGCGGCUCCACCACCUAUGUUCUGUCAUGCACGUCAGCUCCCAUGAAUAAUGCAUGCAGCCCUCAGACUGCAACCAUCACCGAAGGCUCCGACUUUUUCAUCGUCACCACCCCUGCCAUUUACUCCGAGACCAGCGCUACCGUCACCGAGACAUGUAAACUGAAUACCUCUGAGAAAUCCGCUUCGUGUAUGGCCACCAUCGUCGCAGGUGGAUACGGCUCGAACAUCACCACCACCGUCAACUACAACCUGACUGGAAACGCCUACUACCAAUACGGUGUGCAAGUCACUGCUGGCGCCGAUCACACAAAGAAUGGCGGUGCUUGUCUGGCACACGUCAGCGGCGCGUCGACACAAUACGGCCACUCGCUCGCAGGAGUGAUUAUGGGCGGCGCCGCGAUACUCGCAGGUGUUAUCGGCAUCCUGGCAUUAUAG